UCGAGAAGCCUGACCUAUGGUUGGGUUAGAUUUGAAAGCGUGAGCAGACGAGGGGAGUCUAGAGGAGAAGAAUAGUUACCAUCCAGGGAGUGGCAGGUCAUCAGUUCGAAUCUCAGCUGGUCAAUAUUGAGAAGAAACGGCUGGUGAAAUCUUAGAUUGCAAGGCAGGGGCCCGCGGGCCGUAGAAAUUUGAAAAAUGAUGCAGUGAAAAAAUGGCAAAUCGGCAGAGGUCUUGAAGGCUAAGCUUAAUUAGCCGAGUGGGAGUAGAUUGAGCAUGAAAAGCAGCGCAAAGCUCAGCAAAAUAAUCGCAGCGAAGAGGAGUGCUUGCAAUGUGUGGUUGUUUAAGUACAUUUCUUAAAUCUUUGCGUUAGAAAGCCGUGAAGUUACUUUUCGCCGCCUACCUGUUGUUUUCGGGGCUCGGCGACUGCAGGCUGCAUCAUUGCUAAGGAGGAGAGUAAUGAGGAGAUCGUUCGCGACAAGGGGCGAAAGGUAGGGCGUGACUACAAUUCGUGUGCAAUGAUGAUGUCGGAUGCGAGGCAGGCGAGGAUUCGGCAGGCGCUGAGUAGCAGUAUGUGCAGCCUGGUGAAUGAAGAUAUUUCUGUUACCUCUUCCAGUGGACAUUUAGAGUUUGCAGCUCCUGUGGAGUUUUGUAAGGAAAAUAUCGACGCUCUUCUGAGUAUGAAAAUGAAAGGGAAAACUAAGUUCGAUCAUAAGGGAAAAUGCGAACAAAUGGCAGAGUACAUCAAGAAACUCCGUGCUUGCAUUCGCUGGUUUCAGGAACUGGAAGAAAAUAAUUUUACAGAGAAGGAGCAGCUGCAAAAGGAUCUGAUAACUGAGAAAACAGAGCGCAAAGAAAUAGAGGAUGGGAUGAAGGAAAAGGAAGAAGAGCUGCAAACGACCAUAAUUGAGUUUAGGGAAACAUGCUUUUCACUCCAAGAAAACCUUUCAAAAGCAGAGUGUGAGAGAGAGGCCAGCAUUCAAGCUCGGCAGAAAGAUCUAGAAGCUCGGAAAGUUGCAGAAAAAGCACAGGCAUGCUUGUCUGAAGAACGUGAUAAAGCUCGACAAGAGGCAUUUAGUGCAAGUCAGCAGGUUACAUCGCUUCAGGAUAUCAAUAAACGUUUACAAGAGUACAAUACUAGUUUGCAGCAAUAUAAUAGCAAGCUUCAAACUGAUGCUGCUACUUCUGCAGAGACCAUUUCCCGAAUGCAGAAAGAAAAAUCAACAAUGAUGGAAACUCUUAGCAGCUUGAGAGGUCACACUGCUGCGCUUCAGGACCAGCUUAGUGUAACUAAAGUUGCACUGCAGGAGGCUGAAAAGCAGAGAAAGGCAUUUUCAGAAGAGGUUGAAUGCCUCCGUGGGCAACUUCAACGCACAACAGAUGACAGGGACCAUCAUGUCACUCAAGUUCAGAUUCUGUCAGUUGAGGUGAAAAAGUAUAAAGAAUGUACUGGAAAAUCCACUGCAGAACUGGAGCAGCUCACAAACAAAACAACAUACUUGCAAGAGACUUUUUCUUCUCAGAGUGAACUAAUAAGCAGCUUGCAAUACCGGCUUGAAAUUGCAAACAAGAGGGCAGAGACUGCCGAGUCAUCAGCUUUGCAACAAAAAUCUCAGUUGGCAGAGCAGCAUCAAAAAAUAGAAGAGCUUCAAAGUCGCCUUUCUGAGGCUGAUAUUCAAAUUUUUGAAGGCGAGCUGCUACGAAGGAAGCUACAUAACACAAUAUUGGAACUCAAAGGCAAUAUAAGGGUUUUCUGCAGAGUGAGGCCCCUAUUGCCAGAUGAUGAAUGUACCAGUGAGUCUUUAGUUGUAGCAUAUCCUACAUCUACAGAACUACUUGGGCGGGGCAUUGAUCUGAUACAGAAUCCAGGGCAGAAGCAUACAUUUACUUUUGACAAGGUAUUUGGCCAUGAAUCCAAACAAGGGGAGGUUUUUGUGGAGAUUUCUCAGCUUGUUCAAAGUGCUCUGGAUGGAUACAAAGUUUGCAUUUUUGCUUAUGGACAAACUGGCUCUGGUAAAACAUAUACAAUGCUUGGUAAACCAGAUGCACCAGAGCACAAAGGAAUAAUACCAAGGUCACUAGAGCAGAUUUUCAAAACCAGCCAAGCACUUUCCUCACAAGGGUGGAGCUUCAGAAUGCAGGCAUCAAUGCUGGAGAUAUACAAUGAAACUAUACGGGAUCUUCUUGUUACCAGCAAAAAUGGCAGUUUAGAUGGAAUUCGUUCCGAGGCUAAACAAUACGUUAUUAGACAUGAUCAAAAUGGUAACAGUUUUGUUUCAGAUCUCACCAUUACAGAUGUCAACAACUGGAGUGAGGUUUCCUCCCUCCUUCACAAGGCUGCUCAGAGCAGGUCAGUGGGAAAGACAGCAAUGAAUGAGCAGUCUUCUCGAAGCCAUUGUGUGUUUACUUUGCGCAUCUCAGGAGUAAAUGAGAGCACAGAGCAACAGGUGCAUGGAGUUCUUAAUCUGAUUGACUUGGCUGGAAGUGAACGUCUUUCUCGUAGUUGUUCAACUGGAGAUCGUCUGAAAGAGACUCAGGCUAUUAAUAAGAGUUUGGCAUGUCUUGGAGAUGUGAUCCUUGCUAUCGCCAACAGGGAACAACAUGUGCCAUAUAGAAACUCAAAGCUUACAUAUCUACUUCAGCCUUGCCUAGGUGGGGAUUCAAAGACUUUGAUGUUUGUAAACAUAUCACCUGAUUCAAAGUCCUUGAAUGAAUCUCUUUGCUCAUUGCGAUUUGCUGCGAAGGUAAAUGCUUGUGAAAUUGGAAUACCCCGGCGGCAAACUCAUAUGCGUGCUUCAGAUGGUCGAUUUAGCUACAGCUGACACACACAUUUUAAGUUCUCAAGAAAAAGCUUUGCACCUGGUGUUGCUACCAGCUGCCAUGAGGGAGGGAUUCAAAUUCGUAGACAAUGCUCCUUGGACUUUAUUACAACAUAUCUAAAAGAAAAAAGAACAGGGUAGUUAUUCAUUUAUUUCUUUCCUGAUCUAUGUAAAUGCCAUUCUCAGUUGAAUAUCAGCUAACACGAGAUUAUGUCGUGGAGCUCUAGUCAACAGUCUUGGUUGACCAUUGCAGUGAAUCUGGCUUUCUUUAUGGUUUAGGAUAGAUUUUCAUACAGAAGGCUUGAUAUUGUUGUAUACAGGUAAUAGACAUGAGGUUCGCUCAUGUAUUUGUUUGUUCAAAGGGAAUUCAUUAACUAACAUCAUUGUAAGAAAUUACACGAAUUUGAGCUAUUGUAAGUUUUAUGGUAAUUAUUGGAGCAAGGGUUUCCCAAGAGCAGUCAUGUCGUAUGAGCAUCUUGAGUUGUAAAGAUGAACUGUAUAUAUUUCACUUUUUAAAAUAUCACAAUUCCUUUUAGGUUUUUGCUA